AUGGCUGGACUGGCAUCCAGCAACGCUCGAACUCCGGAAGAGGGCAUUUUUUGUCUUGCUGGCCAGUUGCUCCUGCCAAGAAAAUGCUUGACAUGGGCUCGUUGGCCUGACAACCCAGCGGUAGACCCACAAAGUAUUCGGCGACAGACUGAAAAUUCCAAUUACCCCGGUGACUGCAAAUGUACUCAAGAUGUUGUCAAGGGGGCCCUUUUUGAUGUAUUCGCGAAUCAGCUGUCCGCCAAAUACACAAUCGGAUCUGGGCAUAUUCUCAUAGCAACUGCAAACCUACGAAGAGACAACAGAGCUUACCAUCCAUGCACACAAAUGAGGGAGUUCAUGAUUUAUUAA